GAAUGAAUAGUUUGUCAAAAUAUUGCGCAAGGAAAAUAAAAAUAAAUCUUAUCCCGAUAUUUUCUCAUUUUCCAUCGUUUUUUCGAUCUUUUGACCGAGUUUUAAGAAGCAAGUGUUCUGUCCAGAAGCGGAGGAAUUCCCAGGAGUACCGGAAGUGAAGAAAUAAGAGUCAGAAUGUCCAGUUUGGAGGGAGAAGAUGAGCAAAUGUCUCGGUCUCUGAAUGAUAUUUUCCAGGAAGGACACACAUCCCUGCAGAAUCUCGAUAAAAGAACUGAUCCCACCAAUAGCCCAGAGUUUCAGGCUGAGAUCCGGAAGUGUAUGAAAUUGUUUGAAGAUGCAACACGAUUGGUUAGUGCUAUUGGGAUGUUCAGCUCGAAUGAGCGAUACGAGGAGAUUCCCACGGAUCACCUAAAGUACCUCCUCCUGCCCUAUUUCCUUGCACAACUAACACAAAAACUCUGCGGCGGAGAUCGCGGAGAGAUUGUGAAUGCUGCUGAAGUCUACUACACGGACUUCCUGAAGCGCUGUGCUGACUACGGUCUAGCCGAAGGGAUACCCCAGCAGCUGGUAAAGUCCACAAAUGGAGGGGGAGACGGCCCUGGGGGUGAAAUGGCAAUGCUGAUGCGCAUGGCAGAGGGAAGGAAUGCAAAGAUGCAGAAAUUCAGGCAAAAGAAGGAGCUUCAGGAGAGAAUAGCAGAGCUAAAGGUAGCCAUGGAUCGGGAGGAUAUUGAUGAGGAUCAGCAGAGAUUCUACGUGAAGACACUCAAAUCGUGUGCGAUGGAAUGUGAAGAUGAUCUCGCCAGUGUGGCGAUGGAGAAGCAAAUGUUGGAGUUUGGCAGCAAAAUGGGUGGUCGGGAAGAGGCUAAACCACCCCCACGGGGACCACCGCUGAAGCCGGUAAUUAUUACACGGGAUGCCGUGCAGCAGGCAGUCUACGGGCGUGGCUAUCCGAGCCUACCCACAAUGACAGUGCAGGAUUUCUACGAUCAACGUGUGGCUGAGGGAAUUUUCCCGGACCCCUCGAAAGCACCUCCGGAGCAAAAGCAGAAAUCACUGCAGAAUAUGACUGUGGAGGAUGAUGAGCUGGAGGAAAUUGAAAAGGAAAAACUCCAGGAGGCAGAUGAUGUGGAUUACCUGGCGAGAGCUCGAAGGAUGGAUGAGUUCAAGGAUGAAGUUCGCCGGGGGGAUGGAAAUCGUCACAAUAGGAGUUAAGAAAAGGCUGAAAAGGAAAUCUUUUGUGGGAUUUUUCCAGUUUUCUCGGAGUUUUCUUCAGUAUGUGCAGGUCACAUGAAAAAUAUCGACUGAUUCUGCAAAUUUAUACAAUCCUUAUUAGUUGGUGUUCCACUUCGUGGCCAACACCAAGUAUUGUAAUCGUCGGAAAAACCGACCACCUCAGAUCGGGCUCAAACUUGGUAUGAGCACGUUUUAGACAUCCCACAUUACGAAAAUUAUGGUGGAAAAUUUUUGAUCCGGCCGGCCGGCCUGCCGGCCUGCCGGCCUGCCGGCCGUCCUGCCGGUCGCCCAAACUUUGCCUUAUAGUUCGAGAACGGUAACUGAUAGAGACUUCCGGUUUGAAGUUUUCUAUAGAAAUGUGGGUGUAAAAUUUCAUUUUUUCGCAUUUUCAAAAUCCAAGAUGGCCGCCGUCCGCCAUUUUGAAAUACCGUCAACCACUUCCCUUAUAGCUAGAGGUCUGAAAUUUUAGUAUGUUGUAGGGCUCAGUGAGACGUUUUCAUCAACAAUUCAUACUUGAAAAUCGGUCAAGCGGUUUAGCAAAUAUGGCGGCCUAAAGCAAAAAGUGUUUUUUCGAUAUAACUCGAGAACGGCUUGACCGAUUUUGACCAUUUUGGUAUCAAAUGAAAGGUAUUGAGAAGCCCUACAACAGUCUAGAACAUUCCAAGUUUCAAAAACAUCCGCAAGAGGCGCUAAAAUCGAAAACAAAAAUUGCCUAACUUUAAGGGGCCAUAUCUCCCAACAUCUGUUAUCGUUUUCCUUUAAAUUUGGAUAUGUUGUAGCCUGACUCAAUAUCUUUCUUCAGUCCGAAAAUGAAGAAAAUCUAUGUCGCCGUUUAGAAGAUAUAGCCAUUUGAAAAAUUCUUGAAUUUGAAAAGUUCUAAGAACCAUAUCUCUUGAACUGCUUGUCCGAUUUCGCUCAACUUGGUAUCAAAUUAAAGGUUUUGCAAAACUCUACAACUUUCUAGAACAUCAAAAACUUCUUAAACCAUUUCUUCAAGACGAAAAAUGCCAAAAAAUGUUCUUGUAAAACAAAAAAUCUUCAUUUUGUGUUCUGGAGGUGACCUUGAAAAUUAUUGAAAUUUAUCUCAAUUUAUAGCCUGUUUUAAUACCUUUCCAAAACUAAUCAAAAAAUUUCUGUAGGUCUUAUAGAACCAGAGAUAUGACCAUUUUUAUCCACCAAAUUGCCGAAUUUCACAAAAAAAUCAAAUUCUACUAAUUCUGCUCACAAAUCGCAUUGCAACGCAUAAACAAACUUCUACACGUUGUGGGACACCAACUCUUAUAACUGGACGCGUUAUGAUUGACUUAUCCUUAUACUCUUGCAAAAUAAAAGAAAAUGCUGGAAAAGCUA